ACUGAAGUAAAGAAGAGGUUGUUAUUUCAUUUGUUUUUAGAUGAAGGGAGGUCAUUGGCGCCGCCAUGUCUGAAGAUGGGUGCUCUUUCUCAAGUCAUAUUUUCUCAGCAGUCAAGUAUAGAGCUCUCGACUAUUCUUCCGAGGCUUCUACUAGUCUCAAAUUAACCAUGAACUGGCUGGCCCUGCCAAUGCCUUACCAUCUGGGUAGCAGUGACCUCUACCCCCACACUGGUAACCCCCCUGAGGUCACCUACAGGAAACCAUGGAGCAGAGGGAAUGUGAUUUCCAACUGCAAACUGUUUGUCAGUGGAUCUGUACUAGAUGACUUGGGCAUUAAAGGACAACCAACAUAUUCUCUUGAGAAGUUGAGUGUUAGUCUGACCCAGAUGAGAGUGGAUCUUCUGGAGGUGAUACCGAGCUCCAACCCUAACUCGCAGCUUGACUUAGAUAGAGAUGAAGCAGCGUGGUUCCUGCGAGAGGCUAGGAAGGACAAGGGGCACUUUGUCUGUAAUGAAUCCUUUAGCAAGAGCACAGGAGAGAAAAUGAGCCCAAGACAUCAGUGUGAUGAUCUUGUCAUGCCAGAGGAAGUUCUGUUUGCUGAUCACUUGCCACAGUUCAGGAAACAUCUGCCCUCCAUGAAAGCCAAGUUGUCCAGACUGAGGAAUCUGCCUGUGUCAGAUCCUCUUCUCAGCUCCACUGGAGGCACCCUGUCAGAGGAAGCUAUAUUCAGGCACUCAACUCCCCCAGAUGCACUGGAGUCAGUAGACAUAUCCCAGUUUGAAGUGCCAAGCCUGCCAGUCAAUGAAUCCCACUGUGAGAUUAAUGAAAUGCUGCUGGAUCUCAAGUCAUCAGAUCACUUGGUGUUGCCUACUCAGAUGGAGAUGGACCUACCCCUCACCCCCUCUCCCAAGCCCAACCUGACCCAGCUCUGUCUGGCCUCCUCCCAACUCUCAGCUGAGCAGAUCUCUCCACUCUAUAGAAAUUAUUUUGUGUCUGAGAAAGAUCAGGAGGAGAUGGAAGAGGCACUUUGGAGGGCGGAGAAGCACCUUGACUUGGUAGUGGGCUUUCUUUUGGCAGGUAAGAGCAUACUCCAGCCUUUGACCGAAGUCUUAUUAGGGAUUGGUCGGGACAACUCUGUGAGACUCGAUGAAGGAAUGGAACUAUCACUUCUGGGAACAAACUCACCAGAACUUAUAGGGAUGUAUGGGAAUGGUUCCUCUGACUUCACUGAGAGUAUGAUGAUCUCAGACCAACCCCACCUUAUGGAGACAUUGAGCAGUAUGAUAGAGGACUUCACACUACUAUCACCCUGCCAGAUGGACAAUAUAUUGAGGGAAUCUGUAGAUGACUCUGAGUUGUCAGGCCCACCAAGUGAGAUCAAAGGCAGGUCUAUCCUGAAGAAUGCAACGCCCAUGGUUGUGUCGUAUCAUCAGGAGAGAGAGGGAGCUGGGAACACAGACGUUUCAGCACCAGCUGUUGCCACUUCCCAGGAGAGAGAGAGGACCGGGAAUGUGGCUCUCACAGCCCAAGCAUCUACUUCUUCCCAAGAGAAAGAGAGAUCUGGGACUGUGGUCUUUUCAACGCAGGCUGUUUCAACUUCUCGUGAGAAAGAGAGACCUGGGAGUGUGGCCAUCUCAGCAGCACAGGCUACCACCACUACUUAUCUGGAGAAGUUAAACCAUGCCGUUAGACCUCAGAAGAAGGAGGGUUUACCUCACCAGAGAGCUAAUAUAUCCAAACUCCCAACCCCCAGACCCAGUGUGAGAGACCGUCACAUGAGUCUCCCAGUGGCUAAACCUCAGAAGGACUUAGACCCUCUGUCCACUUUCAUGAUGUUAAGGGCCCAACAGAGAACCUACGUCUCGGUGUCGCCUCAGAACCAUACAAGCACCCCAGUGGCACAGGUGGAGCAGCAGACACCACAGCCACCUACGACAGAAAUGAGGCCUGGCUUUGAUGUAAAGCCUGUUGCCUAUGCAGUCACAGGAAAUUACAUCAGAGACCCUGAGGAAGUCAUUCAGCCUGUCCCUGAGGACAGACAUAACAGCAAAGUCAUACAUGUCCAAGCCACAGAGAGUCAGUUCUGGGCAUACAGAGAGCUGCAGGCGUUUGCUCUGCCCUGCCUGUCCAGAGCCAGGGAGUUGGGACUUACCAACACAGCCUGUGGAGACUACAGCACCCUGUACCCGGACCACACACGUUUCCUACUGAAACAGCAGGAGAAGGAGCUCAGCAUUCGACAGGGCCAGGACCCAGAGGCUUUGUUUAACUAUGUGGCACUGAUACAUGUCCUUGUGACAGUGAAGGACCUGCUCUUCAAGUGUGACCUUAGCACUGCAGUGGAGUACCUAUCCAAGGCCACAGAGGCCUGCGUGGGGCAGAGUCUGGACAAGCUGGUGAGAAAGCUGGAGAUUGUUCUGUAUCUCAGUCAGAAAAAACAAGAGCCCAACCCUAAGAUACUGGAACUGCAGGAACAGCUGUCCACAUGGGUGCAGAGCAAGAGCAAAGGGGUCCAAAACUCCAAUGUUCUGGUGAUAAUAACAAUGGACUUGGACUGUGCCAUAGCUAUGCUCAUUAAAGCCCUGAGCCAAGUCACAGGUGAGACUGUAGCUGCAGUAUAUCCUGAGGAGAGUCGAAGUAAGCUGGAGGGUUCGAAAGUUCUAGAUAGCCUGCAGCAUAGCUGUUGUGUGGUGGUGUGUAGUCAGCACAUGGGAGCAGACUUCCCCUGGGACUGUUUCUCCCUGGUGGUGGAGUACAGCAACACAGAACACUCGCCCUGGGCUGCCAUCUGCACAGAGAGGAACAUCACACACAUCACCUUCCAGACCAGGAUACCUAAUUCCUCUGUGAGUGACCCUGAGUCUUGGUCUCUGGAGCAGAGUGUCCCCUUCGUGUUGUUUGUGACCGAGGGUCUGCUCAGCUGUCCUCUGUUGCUUCAGAUACUGGAAUCAACGUGUAAUAUGACUGUAUUGGAGAGGAGCCAUUCUCAGUCCUUGCAGAUGCUUGGAGGGACUCACCACUAUGCUGUGAUUACAGUAGACGAAAGCACUGCAGUCAUCAUUCAAGAGCAGGAGGAGCUGUGUCAGGAGCGGGCCUGUGAGAGUCUAGUGAUUCGACUGACUGCUCUGUCUCUGCAGUACAGCUGCUGCUGGCUCAUCCUUCACUGCCAGCAGGACUCUGGGUUGACCAGUGAGGGCUUCAACAACCUGGUGUUGGUCUACUCCUCUCUGGUGCUGUUUGGCCUCAAGACUGAGGACCUGGAUGUCAAGGUGCUUAUUGUAUCAGAAGUGGUGGACAUUGCCAAAUGGAUCUGCCAGAUAGCCUUCCAUACACUGCUGUCCAGUGACAGAGAUCCUCUCAGCUACCUGGACAGAGAGUGGCUUUCUGUGAUUUCCUCAAAGGAGGAGAGGUGCCUCUUAAGUUUCCCCUGUGUGAACCCUUUGGUGGCCCAGCUGAUGUUGAGUAGGGGCCCCUCUCUCCACUGGCUCCUGGGGGCCUCCCUCUCCCAGCUGCAGGAGCUGCUCCCUGAGGUCCCUUACAAAGUUGUCAAGCUCUUCAGUGACACCACGUCUCUGUACAAGCUGACUGCGGCUACCUCCUCCACAGAGUCUCACACUGACUUCACUCAUCAGAAAGACCACAAUAGCCCCACUGAGCCUUGGGCCACAAGCAGAGACAAUCAAUACACACACACCGACACUCAUACAAGCCGCGAUCCACACGCCGACUGCAACCGUCACACACACCGCGACCCAGAACCAUUCAACUCCAUCUGCUUCCUCGCUGGCUCCCCCAGUGCUGAGAGUGUAGCGGGGAGCUUCUAUGAAGAAAGCUCUGUCAUGACCAAGGAAGAUGGUGCAGACUUCCAGGUGGACUUGAAUCCCUCCUUUGGCUCCCAGCAGGCCCCUUUUCAGCACACCUGGAGCCACAACCCAUGGGAGGUAGAGAAGAGCAAUGAGCUGAAGUUUGUAGGCUGGAAUAGAGGAGGAGAGGAGUGGACGGGCAGCGCACCCCUGCACCAGGAGUCCUGUGGCUCCCCCAGAAACUACGCGCCAGAAAAUCAAUUUCUGACGGGCCUCUCAUCCUCAUUCAGCUACAGCACCAACACACAGAGACCAGCGUACUCCGACAACCAGAUGUACUCGUUCUCUACAGUAGGGUACAGUGACCGGCUGCACUACCCUGAUGUCAGCCACUACCCCAGCCUGGCCUCGCCUAGAGGAGCUCUGGCAUGGGGGGGCAGUAGCAGUGGCAGUCCCAACAGCACUGCCCUGGGGAGGGGAGACAUGAGUGUGUCACCUGACUAUGGGACCAGUUACAGAACGGGGAUGGAGAGGAAGAGGAGAGCAGAAGGCCCAGAGAUGGCUGGCACAGUUUUAACGCCAUUGAAGAGGGGAAAGCUCAGUUAUGAGAAGGUGCCAGGCCGAAGUGAUGGACAGACAAGACUAAGGUUUUUCUAAAAUGUCUCAUAUUUAUGAAGUUGCAAAAUAGUAAGAAUGACCUGAAUGAACAGAAAACUCUCAAGGAUAGAAUCCUGUCAGUCCCUUGCCCUGUCUACAACUAGUGAUAUUCAGUAUGUAAGAAAUACAGGUGCAGUGCCUUCCAGAAAGUAUUCAUAACCCUUGACUUAUUCCACAUUUUGUUGUGUUACAGCCUGAAUUCAAAAUGGAUUCCUUUUAUUUUGUUUGUCACCCAUCUAUACACAAUACCAGAUAAUGACAAAUAGAAAGCGUGUUUUUAGAAAUCUUGGGAGUCAAUACUUUGUAGAAGCACCUUUGGCAGCAAUUACAGCUGAGUCUUUCUAGGUAAGUCUCUAAGAGCUUUCCACGCCUGGAUUGUGCAACAUUUGCCCAUUUUAUUUAUUUCAAAAUUCUUCUAGAUCUGUCAAAUUGGUUGUUGGUCAUUGCUAGACAACCAUUUUCAGGUCUUGCCGUAGAUUUAAAUCAGAAGUAUAACUUGGCCACUCAAGAACAUUCAGUUUCUUCUUGGUAAGCAACACCAGUUUAUAUUUGACCUUGUGUUUUAGGUUAUUGUGCUGCUAAAAGGUGAAUUCAUCUCUCAGUGUCUGGUGGAAAGCAGACUGAACCAGAUUUUCCUCUAGGAUUUUGCCUGUGCUCCAUUCAGUUUCUUUUUUAUUCUGAAAAACUCCCCAGUCCUUAACUAUUACAAGCAAACACAUAACAUGAUGCAGCCACCACUAUGCUUGGAAAUAUUGAGAGUGCAACUCUUGUAAUGUGUUGUAUUGGAUUUGUCCCAAACAUAAGACUUUGUAUUUAGGACAUAAAGUGAAUUGCUUUGCCACGUUUUUUUUUGCAGUAUUACUUUAAUCACUUGUUGCCAACAGGUUGCAUAUUUUUUAAUAUUUGUAUUCUGUACAGGCUUCCUUCGUUUCACUCUGUCAAAUUGGUUAGUAUUGUGUUGUAACUACAAUGUUGUUGAGCCAUCCUCAGUUUUCUCCUAUCAUAGCCAUUAAACCCUGAGUGAUUUCCUUCCUCUCCGGCAACUGUGUUAGGAAAGACGUCUGUAUCUUUGUAGUGACUAGGUGGAGUGACUAGGGAUGUUCAAUGUCUUGCUUUAUUUAUUUUUUUACCCAUCUAACAAUAGGUGCCCUUCUUUGCGAAAACCUCCCUGGUCUUUGUAGUUGAAUCUGUGGGUGAAAUUCACUACUCGACUGAAGAACCUUACAGAUAAAUUGUAUGUGUUGGGUUCAGAGAUGAGGUAGUCAUUCAAAAAUCAUGUUAAAUGUUAUUAUUGCACACAGAGUGAGUCCAUACAAGUUAUUUAGGCUUGCCACAACAAAGGGGUUGAACACUUCUUGACUCAAGACGUUUCAGCUUUUCAUUUUAAAUGUUUAAUUCCACUUUGACAUUAUGGGGUAUUGUGUGUAGGCCAGUGACACAAAAUCUCAAUUUAAUUCAUUUAAAAUUCAGGCUGUAACAUAACAACAUUUCUAAAAAGUCAAGGGGUAUGAAUACUUUCUGAAGGCUCUGUAAUAUACCAUAGGUUCUUGAGUGUUUUAUAGGACACUAUUAAAUGUUCAACUGUUGUUAGGAAAAUAAUCAUACAUUUUUGUUUAAGUUUUUUUAAUAAAAAUGUUGUGAAUGUUUUAUAAGAAGGAUGCGUGUAGACAGUUUUGUGUAAUUUUGGCUUUUACAAAUUCAUAUAAAAAUAUGACGUUAAAGAUACUGAAAUGUUGUCCUCUAUCUUUCUUUGCUUUUGCCAAAAUAUGUUAAGCAUUGUAUCAGGACCAUGAACAAGACCGGAUUAAUAU